UGGCACAGAAAGUAGUACGGCUCCAGGUCAAAGUCCCCUUGGAGGUGGUGGAGUACGGGGAGUGGGCUGAAUCUGUCUUACUACCCUUCAAAGUUAAAGAUCAGCUUCCUGAAGACGCAACAGUGGAGUGGAAACGCACAGAACCCAAAAUAAUGACGGUGCAUGUGUAUCAGAGAGGCGAACAUCAGCCAGACAAACAAGAGGAGUAUUUCCGUGGUCGCACAAAGAUGGACGAUGACCCACUGAAAUCCAAAAACCUCAGUGUGAAAAUUUAUAACUCUGGAUACAGCGACAGAGGGACCUACGUCUGCACCGUCCACAGGGAUGGGAUCAUCCUGAUACAGAAAGAAGUGCUGUACCGGAUCAAAGUCUCCAGUGUGAAAGCGAAGAGGACUAAGCUGCAUUACCAAAUCACAGCUACCCUGGUUCAGGACGCCACAGUGGAGUGGAGGCGUUGUGGCUCCAAACCCUUGAAGGUUCAUGUGUAUCAGAAUGGCCAAGACCAGCCUGGUGAACAGGAUGACUUUUACUUCAACCGCACAAAGAUGAAGAAAGACCUGCUUCAAACCGGAGACCUCAGUCUGACCCUGAGGAACACCACAGUCAGUGACAAUGGCAUUUAUAUCUGCACCGUCCACAGGGACGGACACAUCCUGGCAAGAAAAGUAGUGCUGCUCCAAGUCAAAGUCCACCAGGAGGAAGUGGAAGAGGGCAUACAGUCUGUCCAGCUGCCCCUUCAAAGCUCAGUACAGCUGCCUAAAGACGCCACAGUGGAGUGGAGCCGCUGUGAACCCAAACCCAUGAAGGUCCAUGUCUAUCCGAAUGACCAGAACCAGCCUUGUGAGCAGGACAUAGUUUACCGAGGCCAUACGAUGAUGGAGGAAAACCCCCUGCAAACCAGAGAUCUCAGUCUGACCCUGAAUAACCCAACUGACAGAGACAGUGAUUUCUACAUCUGCACUGUCUGCAGGGACGGAGACAUCAUGUUGCAGGAAGUCGUCCAGCUCAAGGUCAAAG